CACAAACAUCGUGCACAUUCUAAAAACAUGUUUAAAUCCAGCAAAUAAAUAGAAAAUGGGGCUCACGAAAGACUAUUUACGUUACGUACCGGCCGGCAAUUUCAAUAUUAUAAGCAGUCAAAACUGUAAUUCGGUAUUUGUGACUUUACAGGGCCAAAUUGGACGGUUUAUCGCAGUAGGUGCCAGCGAACACAUCAUUAUAUGGGAUUUGAGGCUCGGAGAAAAGGCUCAAGUAUUACCAGGAGAAAAAUCCGUUGUAACCUCAAUCUGUGCAAGUCCAAACAACAGACACUUAGCGGCAGGUUAUCAGGACGGCAGCGUCCAAAUAUACGAUUUAAAAUCAGCAGAAGUCAUUAGCACAUUCGCCGGGCAUCGUUCAGAAGUCACCACCCUAGCCUAUGACGACUACGGUCAUAAAUUAGCUUCGGGAAGCCGGGACACCGAUAUAAUCGUCUGGGACACUGUAGCGGAAACGGGUUUGUGUAGGUUUUCCGGUCACAAGGGCCCUAUAAGCAAGGUUUGCUUUUUGUCCAAAGAAAAUGUGCUUAUAUCGGGAUCAAAGGAUACUUUUGUUAAGUUUUGGGACUUAAACACUCAGCAUUGUUUCAAAACAUUAACGGGACAUCAAACGGAAAUAUGGGGCUUGUCUUUGGUGAAAGAAGACAAUUAUUUGGUUACCGGUUCUGGUGAUGCUGAAUUAAGGGUUUAUAAGUUCUCGCUAAGAGAUCCUGAUAGUGAAAAUGUUAAUCCUGUGGAACAUUUGGCUACAACUUUGGAAUUGGCUACUUUAGAAGAAGGAGACGAUACUACUCAUCCGCUUCAGUGUCUCAAAGCUGGAACACUUUUGAGAGCAGGCCGUGGCAGAGUGGUGUCAUUGACGAACGACUCUUCAGGACAAGUGGUGUGCUGUCACGGUACCGAUCAACAAAUCGAGCUGUUUUAUUUUUGUACUGAUGAUGAAGCACAAGUGCGAUUAAAGAAACGUUUGAAGAAGGAGAGAAAAAAAGAAAAGAAAGAUGAAGCAAUGGAAGUUGAAAACUUAGUAAAUAAUGUCCAGUUGAGCUUGAGAGACGAAGUAAAAAGACUAAAUCCGAUUAAACUAGAUGGAAAACCUAAAAGUUUGGAUUUGGUUUUGGGUAAUGGGGGCGAGCUGCGUAUAGCAGUGAACUUUUCAGACAACUGUGUCCGACUGUUCAACUUACAGACAUCUGUAAAGGACUCAGAAGCUACUUGUCUUAGAGGUAUUUUGAACCAGGGACAUCAUACUGAUGUUAGAGCAUUAGCUUUCAGCAGUGACAAUUUGGCAAUAGUCUCUGGCAGUAGUGAAAGCAUUAAAAUGUGGAAUCGGCCUUCACAAACAUGCCUGAGAACCGUGUCUGUCAAUAGCAUAGUCUUAUCAAUGAUUUUCGUGCCAGGAGACAGGCAUGUUUUGGCAGGCCUCAAAGAUGGUAAAUUGCUUAUAAUUGACAUUGCCUCAGGAGAUAUUUUAGAAGAAAUCCCAGCUCACAGUAAAGAAUUAAGAAGCAUAUGCCUGACAACUGAUUUGAGGGGCUGUGUCACAGGAGGGGGCGAUCAAACAGUGAAGUUUUGGCAAUUUGAACUCAUAGUUGAUGAAUCAAGCCAGUCUAAAGUUAAAGUAUUGUCUUUGUUACACAAUAGAACUCUGAAACUUGAAGACAGUGUUUUAUGUGUUAAAUUAUCACCGAACAACAAGUUCAUUGCUGUUGCCUUAUUGGAUUCCACUGUUAAAAUUUUCUUUGUUGAUUCUUUCAAGUUUUAUUUAUCUCUGUACGGUCACAAAUUGCCUGUACAAUGCAUGGACAUUUCUGAUGACUGUGCACUAAUAGCUACAGGAUCCGGUGAUAGGAAUAUUAAAAUUUGGGGCAUGGAUUUUGGUGAUUGUCACAAAAGUAUUUUCGCCCACGAAGAUACUGUAACGGGUCUACAAUUUGUACCAAAAACCCAUUUUAUAUUCACUUGUGGCAAAGAGGGCCGUGUCAAACAAUGGGACGCAGAUAGUUACAACAAAAUUGUCACUUUACAUGGUCAUUCUGGUGAAGCACACUCGUUAGCAGUCAGCCCCAAUGGACAAUAUGUAGUCUCAUGUGGUUCAGACCGUGUAUUACGUUUAUAUGAAAAAUCCGAGCAGUUAGUUGUCUUGCAAGAUGAACAGGAAGAUGAACGCGAGCAACAAGAAGAGUUGGCAACAAGUGAACAAACUGUCGUACCUGGUCAACCAGGCUUAAAUCUACCAAGUAGACGGACUAUUGGAAGUGAGCGGGCCGCUGAAAGCAUUCUAGAAUGUCUAGAAGUUAACGAAAAAUAUCGAGAGCAAUUAGCUGAGCAUGAUGCGCUUCAAGCGGCGUCAAGUCAGACUUUACCACUUCCAGCGCCUCCAUUAUUAAUGCAAGCCUUCAAUGCAACCAAUCCAGAUGAUUUCCUAUUAGAAACAAUUAGAAGAAUCAGGCCUAGUGAUUUGGAGGAAGGCCUUUUGAUCUUGCCCUUUAACGCUGUAUGUGAAGUGUUUGCAGCCUUGCCAAAUUUAAUAGCCCGAGGUGAUUGUACUGAGCUCGGUUGCAAAGUUGCCAUGUUUUUGUUGAGGUUGCACCAUGCCCCUAUUGUUGCUAACAAGCUUCUGUUGCCAACAUUGCAAAGGUUGGAGAAAAUUAUGCGAGGGCAAGUUGGAGAACUAAGGGAUAUGAUUGGUUAUAAUUAUUUUGGUUUGCAAUUUCUGCAAAGGGAGAUUGAGGCAAGAGAAGGGGUGCAGUUGUUCAGGGAUGCCACUGUCGAAAGGAAAAAGGGCGACAAGAAGCGUAAGAAGAGAGAGAAGUUGAAACGAUCCAUUAUGGUUUUGAAUAGUUAAGAAAUAAAUUUUUUGUUUUAUUUUGAAAAAUUAUGUUUUAUUUGAG